ACGGUCGGCGAAGUCUUAAAUUCUAUAAAGAGAAAAGCAGAGGGAGUCGGCAAUUAAGGUGAAGUGCGUGGCUCCGUAAUUUGGUUGGCACGAAAUUCAACACAAAACCUCGAUUAUACACCUAUCCUCAAAUUCUAUUCGAUCACCCCCCUCAUCGUCUUCUUCUCUCUUGUAUCUUUAAUUCUUCGAGAAUAUAUUAAUAGCUAUUAAAUUAUAACUCUGCCCUAAUUGAAGAAUGGGUUCGGAGGAUGAUAUGCACGAUUGUAACGAUCUGGAGGAGUUUUACAGCAGCAGCGAUAAUGAUGUCGAGAAUGAUUCCGAUAAUGAUUAUGUGUAUGAUAAUGAUUCUGAUGAUGCUUCCCCCAAACUCGUCUCUAUUCGCCAGCAGAAGAAUUAUAUUGUCUUGAAGGAAGAAGAUAUACGACGUCGUCAGGAGGACGAUAUAGUAAGAAUCUCUGCAGUUCUUUCCAUACCAAGAGUUGCGGCAUGCAUGCUACUUCGCCAGUAUAAGUGGAGUGUUAAUAAUGUGCAUGAGGCAUGGUUUUCGGAUGAAGAUGGAGUUCGCAAGGCUGUUGGUCUAGUGGAAGAGCAAGCUGUUAAAUCUCAAAAUGAUAGAGAACUUAUCUGUGAGAUCUGUUUUGAACCCUAUCCAGUUGAUAAGAUUAAUAGUGCAGCCUGUGGUCAUCCUUAUUGUGGUACAUGUUGGGCAGCAUAUAUUAGCACAUCUAUCAAUGAUGGGCCAGGAUGCUUGACGCUAAGGUGUCCAGAUCCAUCUUGUAAUGCUGCUGUGAGUCAGGAUAUGAUCAAUACAUUGGUGUCCAGUGAAGAUAGGGAGAAGUAUUACCGUUACCUUCGUCGAUCUUAUAUUGAAGAUAAUCGAAAGACCAAGUGGUGUCCUGCGCCUGGAUGUGAUUGUGCGAUUGAAUUUGAUGUUGGAAGUGGAAGCCAUGACGUGUCAUGUCUAUGCUCAUAUAGCUUUUGUUGGAACUGUACAGAGGAAGCUCACCGUCCAGUGGACUGCGAAACUGUGUCUAAAUGGAUAUUGAAAAAUACAGCAGAAUCUGAGAACAUGAAUUGGAUACUUGCCAAUUCGAAGCCCUGCCCCAAAUGCAAGAGACCAAUUGAGAAAAAUCAAGGCUGCAUGCAUAUGACUUGCACACCACCCUGCAAAUUUGAGUUCUGCUGGCUUUGUCUUGGUGUCUGGGCCGAGCAUGGCGAGAGAACUGGCGGAUUUUAUGCUUGUAAUCGUUAUGAAGCAGCAAAGCAAGAGGGAGCGUAUGAUGAAUCAGAAAAGAGAAGAGAGAUGGCUAAGAACUCUUUGGAAAGGUAUACUCACUAUUAUGAACGCUGGGCAACCAACCAAUCGUCGAGGCAGAAAGCAGUUGCAGAUUUACAUCAAAUGCAAACUGUGCAUCUUGAAAAGCUCAGUGAGAAGCACAAGGUACCAGAGUCUCAAUUGAAGUUUGUAGUGGAAGCAUGGUCACAGAUUGUAGAGUGUAGGCGAGUACUAAAAUGGACAUAUGCAUAUGGAUUUUAUUUGCCAGAGGAUGAGCUUGCCAAAAGACAGUUUUUUGAGUAUUUGCAAGGUGAAGCUGAGGCUAACCUAGAAAGGCUUCAUCAAUGUGCUGAGAAGGAAUUACAGAAUUACCUUGGUGACGGAACUUCUGAAGAUUUUAAUAGCUUUCGUACAAAACUGGCCGGAUUGACUAGUGUUACUCGUAAUUACUUUGAAAACUUGGUUAGAGCACUAGAGAAUGGCUUAUCAGAUGUCAACUCGACCGGAGCUUCUAGCAUGAAACCUAGCUCAAAGUUUGUUGCUGGGAGUAGCAAUGCAAAAAGUGGGAAAAACAGCUCCUCCAAAAUAUGAUUCUGGCAGUUGUAUUUGUAAUCAUUGCAUUUAUCCAGGUCUGCAACAUGAUAAACGUGCUAACACUAAAGCUGAAUUAUUCAAGAAUAUAUACUUCGGAGUUAUAGAUUCUCAUAAAACGAAGACCUCAUGAAGCUGAGAAAUAGAAGGGUUGGUAAACGCAAGUUCGUCCAAUAGUCGUCAUGAUUGAUUAGGCUGUGCAAGCAAGAACCACUCUGUUGUCCGAUUUGUAGUUCUCAGUAGGUUGUGCAAGAAAAAACCACUUUGCUUUCUGAUUUUAGUUGUCAAUUGUUGCGGAAAGGGUUCAAGAAUGAAACGCUGGGAAAAGGGGUCGACAGUUGUAUAUUGUUAUAUAGUGGUUGUUUCUGUACAUAAUUUCUAUUUGCUUGCUUGUAAUUUUUUUCACUUGUUGCAUCUGCUCACUUGUGGACAUGUGUUGUGGCAUUGUCCAUCGUGUCAAGAAAAUUCUCUCUUUGCAUAAAUGUGGUGAGGGCCAAUGCAAUGAAAAUCUACUGGUUUUUUUUU